GAGGCCUGGAUCUCGCGGGAAGAGACACUUUCGGUGGCGCGCAACACCGCGGAGUUGAUGAAGGAUGUGCUGUCCACCGCCUCGGCGGAGAGUGCCUUCCAGAACGAGCUGACGCUUAACUUGGCUAAUUCCUGCAGAGAAUCUUCUGCGAAGGUUCGGCACUUGAUCGAUUUGGCUGGGGAGGAUGAGGUUGUGAUGUUCGAGGCGUUGGGCAUUCACGACGAGCUGCAGAGUCUGCUGGAGCGGUACAACAACCUUGUGGCUUCGUGGGCGGGAUCGGCGGCGGCGGGGGCGGCGGCGGCGGCUGCGGAAGCUACGGCCAACGUGCAGCAGCAGGAACGGGCGGCGGCGCCCGUUGCCACUUCGAUGUUGCCGAUGAUAGAUCUGGGAGGUUUCGGAGGAGGAGGAGCAGGGGGGGAGGAGGAGGAGGAGGGUCUUGACAGAAGCGGGGAGGUUGGCGCGCUGGUGAGGAAGAACAGCGGUCAGAGAGCGGGAGCGGCGGCGGCGGCGGGGGUGGGAUCGCRAGGGGCAGUAGAAUCUCGCCACAGCUCGUMRCAUAGAAUGGAUGGGGCGGCUCUGGAUGAAGCGGCCAUGGCCGACCUGGAUGAAAUGAUUUUUGGAAAGAAGGAAGCACUAGGAGCGUCAGGGACAGGUAGCACUCGCAGAUGAGUGGCUAUGGUGGAUGUAGCUUGGCGUGGGACAGGAAGCAAGUAGAGAUUACGGAGUAACGUUUGGUUGAG